AUGGCUUCUUCCGAUGAUGAUGGUGACCUCGAUGACGACCUUGAUGCGGAUGAGUCGUACCAGGCCAUCCGAAUUCCCUUGGGACAUCCGCCAGUGGUGUUCGGGUUGCCCGGCAGCGACCAGCUUCUGCAGAAGGUUAUUUCUCAUUUGCAGUGGCGAUCAGGGGAGUGCCACUUUGCCAUGUUUGACAACGGCGAGAUUGGGCCGAAAGUCUUACAGACGGUGACCAAUCACGAUGUCUUCGUGAUCAUCGUCCGUAACGAUGCUGCAUCCGAGGUGAACUUUUCAUUGGUGAGAUUACUGCUGCUGGUGGACGCUCUCAGGGGUGAGUCCCCGCACCGACUAACGGUCGUGAUGCCCUGUUUGGAGUACGCUCGGCAGGAUCGGAAACUGAUGGCCGGCGAGGCCAUUGCUCCCAAGCUCAUGUUCCGGUGCAUCAAGACUGCGGGAGCAGAGCGGUUCCUGACGGUGGACUUGCACAACCAGGCGGAAGCUGCAUUCAGCCCACCUGGCAUGGUGCUCGACGAGCUGAGCUCCGACAGGUACCUUGCAGACUUCAUUCGACAGAACGUGCCUGGUUUCGAUGAGGAGCACUCUCUCGUGUGCGCUACCAACGGUGGAGGCAUGAAGUUCACGCGGCGGAUGGCGGACAUACUGCGCGUGGGCUUCAUCAUGGCGGAUCGCUUCAGACAGAAGGCCGGUGGACGUGGCGAGGUGAAAAUCAUGUUCGACGCGGAGAUGCAAAGCAUCAACGAUGUCAUCAUCAUCGAUGACAUGUUCGACACGUGUGGUAACCUCGUGGAGGUCAGCCGAGCUCUUCACACACUGCUUCCGUCAGCUCGACUCUAUGGCGUCGCUCCACACGGCUACUUCUCCGGAGACACCGCUGACAAGGUGAAACAGCUCGUGGAGGAGUGUAACUUGCAGUGGGUUGCGGUCACCAACAGCGUAGAUCAAACUGCAGCGCUUCAGAGGUUUGCAGCCGCAGGCUUGGAAGAGAGGAUCAAAGUCAUCGAGAUCUCCAAGUUAUUGGCAGGUGCAAUUCUCAGACUUCAUCUGGGUGCUCCGGUGAAUGUUCCAAAGUUUCGAUCCUUGGGGCCGCAAGACGACGAUCCCGUGCUUCUAGAUGCCUCUCACAACAAGGCUUCAGAGCGAAGUGCUGAGCUGAGGAAGAGGCUGUCGUCCACCUGA